AUGCAUCGAGCGAGUGCCACGCCGGGGCGAAAUGGUGCGCACCAGGUCUCUACUCCCUUCAUAGGGUAUGGGGAUGAGACUGUGCGACGUGAUCGUGUGCGCAAUGACGAGUUUGAUACACCCGCGCAAGACCGGCAAUGGGACGAAGAGGAAACGGACCGUGACUGGUACCUGCGUGAAGAUGACGGUGGUCUGAUGGGCGAUAUGGAGCACAAUCCAUUUGCACAAUUUGAAGACAUGCCUGGAAAAGUGGCGAAUAAUAUAUCUGUACGGCACGAACGGAUAACGGCGCGCCAGGCAGAGUAUAGAAAAGACACAGAUGCGUGGGAAAGGAACCGAAUGGACGUGAGUGGUGUCGGCGAACGCCGGAUCUUGGACGAGAAUCCAGAUGAAGACGAUGCGGAUCGUGUUCAACUCAUGGUACAUAAGCUCACGCCUCCGUUUCUGGACGGAAAAAUUGUGUAUACUAAACAAACUAUGCCAGUGAGCCCGGUAAAAGAUCCAACGUCGGACCUUGCCGUGUUUGCAAUGAAAGGCAGCCAUCUUGUUAAGGAGCAUCGCGAACGGGCCGAGCGGGCCAAAGCCGCAAGUCGUGUUGCCUCGUUAAAAGGCACGCAGCUUGGCAACAUUAUGGGUGUGAAGGAAGACGAUGAGGAAGGCGCAGACGCGUCCAAGAUUGACCCCGCGAAGGAGCAAGGCAAAGGAGACUCGAAAUUUGCAGUGCACUUGAAAAAGAAACAAGCAGCAUCGCACUUUAGCCAGACCAAGUCGCUCCGUGAGCAGCGCCAAUACCUGCCGGCGUUUGCAAGCCGCGAUGAGCUGAUGAGCGUCAUCCGUGAAAACCAGGUCGUGGUCGUGAUUGGCGAGACAGGGAGUGGAAAAACAACGCAGCUUUCUCAGUUUAUGCACGAGGAUGGGUAUACUAAAUAUGGCCUAAUCGGAUGCACACAGCCACGCCGUGUGGCCGCAAUGAGUGUCGCAAAGCGCGUGAGCGAAGAAAUGGAGACAGAGUUGGGCGGCGUGGUCGGCUAUUCGAUUCGUUUCGAGGAUGUGACAAGCAAGGAUACCAAGAUAAAGUACAUGACGGACGGCAUUAUGCUACGCGAAUCGCUCACGGAGCGUGAUUUGGAUAGCUACUCGGCCAUUAUUCUGGACGAGGCGCACGAGCGGUCUUUGAACACCGAUGUGCUUAUGGGUCUUCUCAAAAAGGUGCUUGCGCGCCGGCGCGACUUGAAACUGAUUGUCACGUCUGCAACCAUGAAUGCAGAAGGCUUUUCGCGCUUUUAUGGGAAUGCGCCAAUUUACACCAUCCCAGGGCGUACGUUCCCCGUCGACGUCCUGUUUAGCAAAUCGCCAUCCGAGGACUAUGUGGACGCUACCGUUAAGCAAAUUCUUGCCAUUCACCUAGGACAAGGAACGGGCGAUAUUCUUGCUUUUAUGACGGGCCAAGAAGAUAUUCAAGUGACGUGCGAGGUCGCGAUGGACCGUCUGAAACAAAUUGACGACGCACCGCCGCUGCUUAUGCUGCCUAUUUAUUCACAAAUGCCAGCCGAUCUGCAGGCACGCAUCUUUGAGCCGGCGGACGAUGGCGAGCGCAAAUGCAUCGUCGCGACCAACAUUGCGGAGACCUCUCUCACCGUGGACGGCAUUAUGUACGUCGUGGACUGUGGAUACAGUAAGUUGAAACUGUACAACCCCCGUGUCGGUAUGGACUCGCUCCAAAUUACGCCAAUCAGCCAGGCGAAUGCAAUGCAGCGUUCUGGGCGAGCAGGGCGGACGGGAAAUGGCACGGCGUAUCGCCUGUACACAGAAUCGGCUUUCAUAAAUGAAAUGUUCCAAAGCACGAUCCCCGAGAUACAGCGCACCAACUUGGCCAACACGGUACUGCUCCUCAAGUCGCUCGGUGUGCGUGACCUGCUUGAAUUCGACUUUAUCGAUCCUCCCCCGCAGGACAAUAUCCUUAACAGCAUGUACCAACUCUGGGUCCUCGGCGCCCUGGACAACUUGGGCAACCUUACACAGCUUGGAAAGCGCAUGAGCGAGUUUCCCAUGGAACCAAGCCUUGCAAAAAUUCUCAUCAUGAGUGUCGAGUACGGAUGCUCUGAAGAAAUGGCGACGAUUGUGAGCAUGCUCAGCGUGCCCAAUGUCUUUUACCGCCCCAAGGAGCGCCAAGAAGAGAGCGACGCCGCGCGCGAAAAGUUUUAUGUUGCAGAAAGCGACCACCUGAGUCUCUUGCACGUCUACACGCAAUGGCGAAAUAAUGGCUGCCGUGACAGCUGGUGCGUACAGCACUUUCUGCACGCAAAGCUCCUCCGUAAAGCGCGCGAGGUUCGUGCGCAAUUGGUGGACAUUAUGAACAGCCAAAAGCUCUUGUUGCGCUCUGCAGGCACCGAAUGGGAUGUCGUGCGCAAGUGCAUUGCUUCCGGCUAUUUCCAGCAGGCCGCACGGGUCAAGGGUGUGGGCGAGUAUGUAAACAUCCGCACGGGCGUGCCGAUGAAUUUGCACCCAACAAGUGCGCUCUAUGGGCUGGGCUAUACGCCAGACUAUGUUGUCUACCACGAGCUGACGCUCACCAGCAAAGAGUACAUGGGCACUGUCACUGCAGUAGACCCAUACUGGCUCGCAGAGCUUGGGGGUGCGUUCUACUCGGUGCGUGAUCAAAAUACAAUGAGCUUCGCAAGCCGUCGCGGCCGCGAUUCGAUGCUUUCGCGCCAGGUCGAGCUUGAGGCGCAGUUCGAGCGCGAUCGUGAACAUGCAGCGCAUGAGGAACAAGAGGCAGAAAGGAAGCGAUGCAAGCUACAGGAUGCUCGUGCACGAGGGUCGACCAACCGCGAUGGGAUUGCAGUGCCAGGCAUGGGCCCACCUAAACGCGGACGGCGAGCAGGAUUUCGGUAG